AUGAAUCGACGUUUGCGAUUCUGGAGCGAAUUUGGCACGAUUAUGCGAACAUCGGGUGCUGAUGGAGACUCUGCUUGGGAUGAGUCGACGUCGGGCUCUGAUUUGACUGCUUUCAUGUCUUGCGGAAAUUUUUCGCACAAGCGUUCGACACGUCUGCUCACGAAGAAAGGUAGAGGUGAACUAAGCGGAAGCAUGAGUUUGGGCUGCCAACAGGUUGAGUCUCUCGCGGCAGCUGGUCAUUGCGCGGUUGUCGCUAAUAUAAGAAUACCUUUGACCUGUGCAUGUUCCCCAACACAUGGGAAACUGUUCCGGGAUGCAUUCCUGGGUUUCGAGGGCAACCAAGAGGGUACCUUUUGCAUGUAUGUGUGUGUGUGUGUGGGUGCAAUGGGAUCCUGUAUGUGGGCAACCCGAACCCGGGACAGCGUUGGAGGAGUGGAGCUGAAAGAAACCCUACCCUGCGGUCAAACCGACGUUGAAACCAUUGACAGUUUCCCGCGACCCUCAAGUCUGGACAAGUUCUUGGAGCUCUUGGACAGUCUGGAUGUGACUGAGGUGUUUUUCAGCACAAACUCCUUGCAGGCUGAAUUUGAGAGUAUUUACAAGUUGCCAUUCCUUGAGGACUUUGUCCCUGAAUUAGGCUGUGUGGGGAAGGAUGAAGUUGAGGCCAAGGAUGCCAUUGCCCAGGGAUUGGUGCUUCAGCAGGCUGAAUAUUUUGCAGACUCAUUGGAGAUUCUGAACUCUGCUGUGAGGAACUGCAAACAGUGGUCUGAGUUGCUUGGUGAAGCCUAUGCUGCAAGGGCCAGAACACUGUUUCUCAGUGGAGAAUAUCAACUGGCAAAAAGGGAUGCAGAAUUGGCAUUGGUUCAGAAAGUACCUAUGGAAACAGUUAGAUCUGUUCUUGAUUGCCUGGCCAAAAAUGAAGAGAAGCUCAGGGAUUAUGAAUUUGAACAACAAGUUGACCAGCUGACACACACACUGAAUUCCUUCAAGAAAGUUGGUCCCAAGCUGAAAAGAAAGGAAUUAAUGGGUCCUCCAGCACUUACAUCAAGGCAAGGAGUACCUCAAAUUACUGGCCCCAAAAAUCCCAGGAUUCCCAGUGCUUCCAAUGCUCUACAUCUGACAUAUACCCAAGAAGAAGGGUACUACUUUGAGGCAACCCGGAAAAUCCUGCCAGGGGAACUGGUGAUUGUGGAAACACCAGUUGGUUCAGCCUUGUACACAGACAAGUGGAAGUCUCACUGCUUUCACUGCACCAAAAAGGCCAUUGCUGGGCUUCCUUGUCAAACCUGCAACCUGGUGACCUUUUGCAGUGAUGCCUGCUUGGAAAAAGGAAUGAAGUACCACUCAGUUCAGUGCAGUCACAUGAUUGAACUUUAUCAAUUUGGGAAUGCAGAUGGAGCUCUUCUGGCUUACAAGAUGAUUGUCCAGCACCCUAUUGAGCAGCUACUGAUGUGGAAACCUCAAAUUAUGAAGUCAUUCAAGCAAGAAGUGACCUUUUGUAGUGAUACCUGCUUGGAAAAAGGAAUGAAGUACCACUCAGUUCAGUGCAGUCACAUGAUUGAACUUUAUCAGUUUGGGAAUGCAGAUGGAGCUCUUCUGGCUUACAAGAUGAUUGUCCAGCACCCUAUUGAGCAGCUACUGACGUGGAAACCUGAAAUUAUGAAGUCAUUCAAGCAAGAAAAGAAAUGCCUUUUUCCACAGGCAAGUACCCAACCUGUUGCCACAAACUUGUACAAUGCUGGUUGCUACCUUAAUCACUCAUGUUUCCCCAACCUCACUCAUUACUUUGUCAAUGGGACUUUGAUUGUGAGGGCUAAUCAAGUCAUCAAUCCUGGUGAAGCUGCAACUGUUUCCUAUGGGGUUUCCUUCCAUUCUGAUAACCUUGCCAGGAGGCAAGACUUUUUGGAAAAUGGCUUCCAUUUCACGUGUAACUGUAAAGCAUGUGUUGGACACUGGGGAUCUCUGAAGAACUUCAUGACUGAGAAAACAUUCAAGAGUGAAACUAAUGAAGCUGGGGAAGACUCUGAUUACACAGUUUCUACAGAAUGCAAGGAAUCUGAUUCUGAGGAGUCAGAACCUGAAUCUGAAGAAGAAUCUCCUGAAGGCCGUGCUGGCCUGGUUCAGAAGAUGCCCAUGUGGCCAGGAGUGGUUGAAAGUGCCUUUCCUGACCCCUCAGCUCCUCCUCAGCUUUCAGGAGGGUUCCAGUGUCCCAAGUGCACAGCAGCUCUUGCCAAUGUCAAAGAGCUGCAUGACAUCCUGGACUUCACCUGCCCUGAAUGCAAAGAGCACCUUGGCUCUUUUGCCAGUGAUCUCUCACAGUCUAAAGCCGCUUCUUUGGCUUCCAUUGCUGCUGUUGAGAGUGGCCAUUUUGAUCAAGUGCCAGCAGCCAUUGAGACAACAUCUGAGUACAUCAGACUCAUGCAGGGUUUUGCUGCUAUGCCCAAUGUUGAGCUCAUCAUGUCAAUUGUAAACUUGGCACACAUGUUCUUCUUUGACAGCAUUGCUUGAAGACUUAAGAAAAUGAAAAAAAGGUUUUAUUAUUUAAUCCCCCCCACGUGCAAGAAAUAAAAAAGGCGGAUUUUUCUUUUUUCUGAAACCGA